GCUUUUAAAAGCAGCUGCCGAGAAAACAGAGUGAUAUUAAAGGCGGACUCAGUUGGGGGUAGACAGAAAUACUAUAACCACUGUUAAACCACUUCUUGUUAGGGUUCAUGCAUCUUUAGUUUUGCACCCUGGAGACUUAGAUUGCAUUUUCUUAUCAUCUGAUUUCUGGGUAAGUUGGCAGGUUUACAGUUUGACUGAUAUUUUAAACACUAGAUUCAGCAAAAGAUUUCAGUAGAACAUUCUUUCAGUAUUUUACUGAAAUUCAGUUAUAGUUAAGGCAUUAUUACUCAUUUAGGAGCUGAAUAUUUUCCCCCUGCCAGUUCUGAUCAGUAUCUAGGCAGUAUGUGCUAAAAAGCAGAGGUUUGAUGUUUGGCUGAAGCACUUCAUUCCUGACACAGAUCUAGAUUCCAGUAAGGGAGGCAAACUUUGAGUUCUAGUUAAGCAAUGCAGCGUGAAGGAUGUAGGAUGAGCGGAGGGGUGCAGGAGCCAGCUGGAGCAGGCAUGAUAACUUUGGAUGAUUUGGAUAACAUGACUGAUGAGCUGGGGUCAGACUCUGCAUACAACAGCAAUGGGAGUAUAGAGGAGGAAGCAGAGCCCAUGGAGGAUGGAGAACAAGACCGCCUGCUUAAUUACUGGCAAACUAUAGGAAGAGGACAUCAAGUUGAGGUACCAAACGAAAUGGCCGAACCAAUACAGCAGCUAACGAGGAACAACAGCACAGAAGAGAGACAGAGGGUCCCUUUCUUGGUGCUGAGUAGCAAAGAAAAGUGUGGUGAAGUGCUGUACGAAAAAAGACAAUAUGGGCAAGCAAAAUGGGCUUGUAUUAAAAUGCAAGAAGAGCAAUAUGAACAGAGCAUAUGCUUGGGCUUCAUGAAGCUUAUGAGAUACAUCUGUGAACAAAAUUCUUCAGGUUUGUAUCUCGGAAUGACUAUCCCAAUUCUAACAGUGGUACGCACAGAUGAAUCUCAGUCGGAACUUACUCGCUCUGUCACUGUGGCUUAUUAUGUCCCAAACCAUCUGCAAGAGCACCCACCUCAGCCAACAGACCAAGACAUAAUAAUUGAAGAAUGGCCUCCCACUGUGGUUUUCACUAGGUCUUUUGGUGGACCAACCAAUGAAGAAUCUAUAAUGCGUGAAAUCCAUUUACUGGCGGAGCUCCUGGAAUCUCCAGAGCUGUGUCUACAAGACACAUUUAUUGUGGCAGGAUACACAAAUCCAGCUGCAACCAACAGACAAAAUGAAAUUUGGUUCCUACAGAGACCAUGAAAUCAAACAAGACAGAGCAAAUUCAUUGUUGUCAGCAACAAGCCAAAAUGUCAGUCAACCCAUAGAAACACACUGCAUAUUAGCCAUGUGCUCAGAGACAAUCAAAUGGAAUAGUGCUUAGCAUCCUUUUAUGUCAAACCUUUGCUGUACUCUCAGGAACAGAGUGUACUACAUACACAAUGAAUAAUAGAUUACAUGUUGCAUUGCUAGAAAGUCCCAUGAGUAUUAAUUAGAUAUGAUACAGUUUUAACCAUGAGAACGAUGCCUACAUACCUACAAAAUGUUUUCACGUUUCUCAAAAUGCUUAGUGCCUUCAAAUUUGGCCCCAAGACAGCAAAAUACUCCAGCAUACACAGUUUCCUUACCAGAAAGACGAAAAGAAGAUAAGAAUUUGAAUGAGUUAGCACCAGAACAGAUGAUCUAAGCCAGUGAUCCCCAACCAGAGGCUCAGCGGUGACAUGUUGCUCCCCAACCCCUUGGAUGUUGUCCUCUGUGCCCCCAAACCAGGUAACUAUUUUUGAAUUCCUGACUUGGGGGCAGGUUUUGGUUGAAUAAAAACAAGAUUUACUACCCAAUAAAGCCUCCUGUAAGCGUAUAGUGUGCAUAGAGGCUGCCAAUCUGAGCCCUUACUUGGAACCUCCAUGAACUAUUAUAAUGCCUGUGUUGCUCUCCAAGUCUUUUUACAUUUGAUUGUGGCUCACAAGUAAGAAAGGUUGGGGAUCCCUGAUCUAAGCCCAACGCAUCACUUUUAUUUAAUCUGUCUUCUUUUACAACUCCCAAAGCAGUAUACUUGAGUACAUCUCCACAGAUACUUUUCCAUUAAAUUUUUUUGAACCAGAAGAAUGUAGGCUUUGCUUGAGGAAGAAGGGCAGAAAGUAUACCUGUUCUUUCUAGCAAACCAUGGCUGCCUUGAAACCACCAAAAGCAACUACAGUUACUAUAUACCGUAUCAAGAUGCAGAAUGAACCCUUUAGUCACAUUGUACAUACCCCUGAGUGAGUUAAAUUCAUCCUGGUAAUUGGCAAAUUCAAACUGGUAAUUAACACAGGCUUAAUCCUUUUUGUUCUCAAUCACACCUGGAGAACUUUAGAAAAAAAAAUCACUACACACUAAGAAAAGCUUGUGGUAUUUGUAGCCUUUGCUUCAGAAAUAAAUAUAAAUCCUACAACAAAGAGAAUAUGAAAAACUGUGCAGAUCACUGCAAUAUGGCUUUCCUGUAUGUGUGGCCUUUUGAAGCACUAUGUAACUAUACCUAAAUACAAAGUUCAGUGUCUGCUUAGAAGGGUGAGAUAGUGAACCAAAGUUCUGCUGCUCCCAAAAAGUUACAAAUAGGUUAAACUGGAACCUUUCAGUAUGGCUUUCUAAUGUGUAAAAUAAAAUCUUGAAUUAACGGUAUCACACACCUAUAAUUGCCAAAGCCACUAUUAUAACAUCCUACCUGCUGCUUUUCUGCAGCAUUGCAACCCAAUCUCCCCGCUACUUACUGCCUGAUGGUGAUCAGGCUGCACCUCCAGUGAAAAAAAUAAAGAUGGAUGUGCAAAGUUGUAUGCAAAGUUGUAGAGCUUUCUGGAGAAUGGGUUUCCAAAUAAGUGAUCCCAUACCUGUAUUAUAAAAAGUGUUUUAAUGUGGCAGAAAUACAGCCUUGCUAAAAAAAAAAAUCACAUUAUAUGUUUACAGUAGUUACUUGUACUGCUCAGGGUUUCCUAUAGGUCAUUUCCAACACACUUAAAGGUGCUCCCAAAUGCAACUAUGUCCAGCAGAAAGUAACAAUGGAAAAAGAUGAUUAAUUAAAACCAUGGGCAUUCUGUGGCAAACUGUAACCCUUUCAGUAUAUAACUACUGUAGUUUUCUGCAAUGAAUGGCAUCAUUAUUGUGAAACCUUUGUCUUAGUGAUGUGUAAAGAAAUGAAGCAGGUGAAAUACUAAAAUUCAACAGCACAUAUAUUUUUAGGUGUUUGUGCUUUAGAUACACUGUAUAUAAGAUUAAAGCUUAAAAAUAUAUUAGUUUAUUGUCAUUUUGCAGAUGAUUGACAAAAGAGUAGUUUAAACUGUUAGGUUUGUAUUUUUGGAAUAUAUUUGCUAUUUAUAUUUUCAUGUCUACAGCCUGUCUGCUUCAAAUAAAUGUGAUUUUGCACACUA